GCUUCCUCUCUUUCCUCCUCCUCCCCCAGCUGACGCAGCCGGCCCCUCCCUUUCCUUCCUGUGUUCUAGAACGGGGGGAAAGAGUCUGAGCGUUCGAAAAAGGGGCGCGGCUAAAGGAAGCAGCGUUCGAAGAAGGCGGGGCUGACGGCCGGGUUGGAACCAGUGAGCGUUCGCAACGUUCGAUGCGGUGCGCGGGAAGCGGCUGUUUUUGCAGUCUUUGAAGCCGCCCUGGGGAAGCUCGGCAUGGAGCGCGCGGUGCUGCAGCGCUUGGCGGCCCGCAUGGGCGUCGCCACGCCCGGAGUUCUCAGGAAAGCUGAGGAAUACCUGCGGCUCUCUCAAGUGAAAUGCGCCACCUUGCUGGUCCAGAUGACAGCCACAAGCAACGCUGUGAUCUGCCUAGAUUUAGCAACGAGCUUCAUGAAACACCCUGUGGACAAAAGCUACGUGGUGAAACUCUCUGGUUUGAACAAGGCUGCCUACCAGAGCCUCUUGAGAUCGUUCGAAAGCUUGCUCGGCGUGCACUCCACUGUUGGCAUCCGAGACUUGGCUGUUCAGUUUGGCUGCACGGAGGCCGUGAACGUGGCCUCCAAAAUAUUGCAGAGGUAUGAAUGCAGUCUGCCUGGAUCUCAGCAAACUGAUCUCGACUUGUCCAAGCCCUUAUUCACAACAGCCGCGCUGUUAACGGCUUGCAGAUGCUUGAAGCUGAAGGUGGAUAAGAACAAAAUGGUGGCCAUGUCUGGGGUGAAGAAAGCCAUAUUCGACCGCCUUUGCAGCCAACUGGAGAAGAUCAGCCAGCAAAUCAGCCGAGAAGACGUUCAGCUGGCAGCUGAGGAAACAAAACCCCAGAAGACUUUGCAGGAACACCUUGAAAAAGAAGGCGCUGUCGGAGCCGAAGUCAGGAUGCCUUGCAAGCGUCCAAAAAGCACAGCUGCAGCGGAGGACGAUUAUGAAGAAUGGAAACGGAGGAUCCUGGAAAAUGCCGCUAAAUCGCAACAGGAAGACGUUGGAUCUGAGUGCGUCAGAACGCAGCCAGCUUCUGGGGUUUAAACGCUGGAUACAUUUUUAUGUUGCCUAUUUUUAAAGACUUGUUAAGCCAUUGGUUUCUUAUAAGCUUCCUCAGACGGGUGCUGUCCCCACACCACUAGGAUUUCAGAUAUUGUCUCGUCAGGGAAGAUGCAUAGCUCUUAGUCUGUUAUGAAGACUAGAACUGCAAACCACCGUAUUUUAUUGCUGAAACCCUCACAGACACUUCUCAAAGUACCUCAAGUUUCUGUUUUAAGUGAACCACUUCCCAUGGGACCCAAUGCUCAGUAUUCAGCCCACAGUACGGUACAUUGCCAGAUUUAGGAUGUGGUGCUAUUAAAUUAACUUUACCCAUCUCUGCUAAAGAAAGCAAGUGCUGUGUCACGGUUCUAACUAUGCUGGUGCAGAAGCAAAGACUUAGAAUCAGAACUUGGUAUUGUAUUUUGCUUCGAACGUGAAUGCAAGAACCGGUCACCAAGUAAGCAUUCUGUCUAGCUCUCCAAAGACUUCAGAGGUCUAAAUGGAGAGUGACACUGGAUGCUAGAGAAUUUUCAAGCAUACGCUUUUAGCCUUUGAACAACAAUGGACUGCAUUUUAAACAUGGUGCAUCGUCUUAAAUCUUCCGGGUGUGUUUUUAGCUUUGUCUUAGCAGUACAGUUGCCUCUUCUAGAGAAACAAUAAUUAAAAAAAAUGUACAUUUUCA